AGAGAGAGAGAGAGAGGUCUGACGCCCCGGAGUCUAUAAAAGCAGCUAAUUUCUAGCUGCAAACUAGGCAUUGAGUGUUAAGAGUUUUAGGGCAAAUGUCGGAAGCUAUGGAUCGCAUAGUGGCAAUACGAAAAGUAGCUGCAGUCAACCGUUGGUUGGGCAUCUGGAAAUGGCGAAAUGAAGACAAAGACUGGCACAUCAUGAAGAGAAUCUAUCCAUUUGUUCUACAUCUACCGUUAACCUUCACCUACGCAGCGCUCAUGUGGAUCGAAGUAUUCAGGUCUGAGGACGUGGCACAGGCUGGCAAUGUUCUAUAUAUGGCGCUGACCAUAUUGGUAAUGCUCAUCAAGAUUCUGAACAUUUGGUACAGACGCCAAGAGGCUGCUCAGUUUAUAGAUGAACUGGAUCGUCAUGAAAUGUACAAACUACUGAGAAGCGAUGAAAUCGUGUUCUGGCAACGCGAACAAAAAACAUUUCAACGCAUCUUUUACACCUACAUCGGAGGAACUUCUGUAGUUGGCUUGACGGGCUACUUGAGCGUGCUCUACCAGGACACAUACGAGCUGCCCUUCAGCUACUAUGUGCCCUUCGAGUGGCAAAAUCCGCAGCGCUACUUCUACGCCUGGAGCUAUAAUGUUUUGGCAAUGACAUUGUCUUGCCUCUCCAACUGCCUGCUGGACACGAUGGGCUGUUACUUCAUGUUUCAUAUAGGGCUGCUCUACCGCCUCUUGAAUCGACGCCUGCUGGCACUGCGGGAAACAUCGGAGGUGAAGGCGAUUCCAGAGCUGCGUCAUAUCUUUCAGCUGCACAGGCGCCUUCGCACUCUGACAAAGCAAUGUGAGAUCCUGGUCUCGCCCUAUGUCGUCUCGCAGUUUGUGCUCAGCGCCUUAAUCAUUUGCUUCAGCUUCUAUCGCCUGGUGCAAAUGGGCAAAUCGAAUCCGGGCGUCUUCGCCACCACUCUCCAGUUUGUGGGCGUGAUGAUAGUGCAAAUCUUUCUGCCCUGCUACUAUGGCAACGAGUUGACCUUCUCGGCUCAUCAGCUGACAAACAGCGUAUUCAACACCAACUGGCUGGAGUACUCGGUGGCGACACGAAAGAUCCUCAACUGCUAUAUGGAAUUCCUAAAACGUCCUGUCAAACUGCGUGCGGGCAUGUUCUUUGAAAUAGGUCUGCCCAUAUUUAUGAAGACCAUCAAUAAUGCGUACAGCUUUCUGGCCUUGCUCAUCAAUUUGUCAAAGUAGACGCAGGGCCAACAGCUGCCCUCACACCCUAGUAGACUUUAAUAAUUGCCCCAAACUAGGCACAUCAAUGCUUUGCACAUAAGCUUAACACCAAGCCCCAAAAAGGGAGCAGAAGAAGCAGAGGCCAAACCCAGACAUUUG